UCUGGUUCUGGAUUUUUGAAAUAUCCUAUGCACUAUAUAUAACAACUCCUUCUCCCCUCUCUCUUUAUCUCUUCCUUCCUUCCAAACCUCCUUCAACCUAACCGUGGUAACAACCAGUGUCUGCUGUCGGUAGCAGGUAAAAGAGUUAGUGAGUGAUGUCUGGAAGAGAAUUGGGAGUGCUUAAUGCACUCGAUGUGGCGAAGACGCAAUGGUACCACUUCACUGCUAUUGUGAUUGCUGGAAUGGGAUUUUUUACUGAUGCCUAUGAUCUCUUCUGUAUUUCUCUUGUCACCAAGUUGCUGGGGAGGAUAUAUUACACAGACAUAUCCAAACCAAAGCCUGGUGUUCUUCCUCCUAAUGUGCAAGCUGCAGUGACUGGUGUAGCACUGUGCGGUACUUUGGCUGGCCAGCUUUUCUUUGGGUGGCUUGGUGACAAGUUGGGAAGGAAAAAGGUUUAUGGCUUAACUCUUAUGCUGAUGGUAGUGUGUUCCCUUGCCUCGGGGCUCUCUUUUGGAGAUACCCCAAAGGGUGUCAUGGCCACACUUUGUUUCUUCAGGUUCUGGCUUGGCUUUGGGAUUGGUGGUGACUACCCUCUAUCGGCUACAAUAAUGUCUGAAUAUGCCAACAAAAAGACUCGAGGGGCAUUCAUUGCUGCAGUGUUUGCCAUGCAGGGAUUUGGAAUCUUGGCUGGUGGAAUAGUUGCCUUGAUUGUGUCAUCUGCAUAUGACCACAAAUACGAUCUUCCCAGUUACAAAGAAAACCCAGAAGGAUCAAUAGUUCAUUCCCUUGAUUAUGUUUGGCGUAUCAUUUUGAUGUUUGGUGCAGUCCCAGCUGCGGUUACCUACUACUGGCGUAUGAAAAUGCCAGAGACAGCUCGUUACACGGCCCUUGUAGCCAGGAACGCAAAACAAGCUGCUUCAGACAUGUCCAAGGUGCUGCAAGUUGAGAUUGAAGCUGAAGAGGAUAAGUUGAACCACAUUGUUGAGAGUGAAAACCAAAGGUAUGGUUUGUUCAGCAGGGAAUUUGCCAAACGCCAUGGGUUGCACUUGAUUGGAACCACGGUAACCUGGUUUUUGUUGGACAUUGCCUUCUACAGCCAGAACCUUUUCCAAAAGGACAUUUUCAGUGCAAUUGGAUGGAUCCCUCCUUCACAAGAAAUGAAUGCAAUCCAUGAAGUUUAUAGGAUUGCAAGAGCACAAACACUGAUAGCACUUUGCAGCACCGUGCCGGGGUACUGGUUUACCGUGGCCUUUAUUGAUUACAUGGGACGUUUCGCCAUCCAAUUGAUGGGUUUCUUCUUCAUGACUGUCUUCAUGUUUGCUCUUGCCAUACCUUACAAUCACUGGACCAAGAAAGAAAACAGAAUUGGGUUUGUUGUGAUGUACUCUCUGACCUUUUUCUUCUCAAAUUUUGGUCCAAAUGCCACCACGUUUGUUGUACCAGCAGAGAUUUUCCCAGCAAGGUUAAGAUCCACCUGUCAUGGAAUCUCAGCUGCAGCAGGAAAGGCAGGAGCAAUUGUUGGUGCAUUUGGGUUCUUGUAUGCUGCACAGAGUACGAACCCCGAAAAGGUUGAUCACGGUUACCCAACUGGUAUUGGGGUUAAGAACUCUCUCAUUGUGCUUGGUGUGGUCAACUUCUUUGGAAUGUUAUUCACCUUGUUAGUGCCAGAAUCAAAGGGAAAAUCACUGGAAGAGUUAAGUGGGGAGAAUGAAGAAGGUCCUGAGGCUGUAGAGAUGGCAGGGUCUGCUAGGACGGUUCCAGUUUAAUCAAUUAACUAGUCCAAAAUUCAAGUAAUGCCACUAUUGUAUGACAGCUUUAGUUCAGGUUUCUACAGCCAAAUGCACUAUAUGAUGUAGAUAUAUGUUUCUCCAUGUUGUAAUUUUAAAUCAAUAACCAACUGUGUGCAUUUCAUUCUUGUCUUUAAUUUAAACAGCCGCUUAAAUCA